AUGACUGGAGUCAAAAGGAAGUUAUUCGGGGGAUUUUUUGCGUUCGGAACGAUGGCUGUGUUUGAAAUUUCAUCAGCGAUUAUGUUGGUGAAUAGUGUCAGUUCACAGAAUCAAGAUAUGGACCCAUGUUCGAUGCUUCAAGCCAGUGGAGACCGUCUACAAUUCGUGAUUUCCUGUGUGGUUCUCACCCUGGUAUGGACAAUUGGUCUAUUUAUAGAUCCUAUAUUCACCCUCUCAUUCGAUCCAUUAUUCUCAGAAACUGUGACAAGACAUUAUUCAUUGAUGAAAUCAAGAAUUUCGAAAAAGAAGAAAAAAGAGGAAAAGACACAGUCAGACACUGGUUAUCAGUGA